AACCGUGGCCCAGCGGAAAAAGAGGAGCAGAUUUAGGCUGAGGAAUCAAAUACUGAAUCCGAAGGCGAGCAGCCAAAGAGGUCGCAACCGGACACGAGCAAGUCGGGCAAGGCGCCUAUGGAUGGCACGACUGCUAUUGAGACUGCGAAGAAGGGUUCAUCAGUAUUGGACUCGCUGGGGCAUCUGCUGGAGUACCUGCAGCCGGUGGUGUAUGCCCUGCUGGAAUGCGGACUUUCGGAAUCUUUCGAGCAGUUGGCAAGUUCCAGCGACGUGGACCUCAUGUCCACAUCGAUCCAGCAUAUGAGCAAGGCUCUCCUUUCCAUGAAAAUGUCCAUGGAAAAGGCACAACUGGGAGCUGCGAAGGGAGGUGCUACCCUGAAGGAAGAGAACGCAGUGCUUAAACGAAGCUUGGAAGCUGCCGAAGCAGAGAGAAACCUGUCUCUCGAAUCAGCGAACAGCUAUUUGAACGAAAAAAACGUGACUCUUCGCACGGUGGAUUUCCAGAAAGCACAGCUUGAGAAGUAGAGGGAGGAGAUAAAAGAGCUGCAAAGGACUGUAGCCAGUUUCUCCAGAUUGGUCGGGGAGAAGGACCAGGAGUUGAAAGCGACCUCCUUGCAGGUCUCGUGAGCAGAAAAGGAGAGAGAGGCCUCUGAGAAGCUAAGGCAGGCUCUUGAAGUUGAACUUCAGGAGAGUCAAGGGAAAGUUGCUUCCUUGACAGAGGAGGUUGAUGAGAAGGCUGCCGAAUGGGCAAUCGACUCUAUUUAUGCCUUGCGAUCAAAAAAUCCUCUUCUAGACAUGUCCGACCUCCCGGCAGACUGACAGGAAACACUUAUGUCCAUGACACGGGAGGAUGAUGAAGCAGCGGCCUUCCGACCAGAAGGUUCGGGACACGCAGCGGACAAACCCUCAGCCGACCAACCCU